AUGUUGUUGAUUCUCUUAUUUGCAUUUAUCAGUUAUGCAGCAUCAGAAAGUAAUUAUCAUGGACAACAACGCCUAGAACGUGUGCCGCACUUUCUGUCCGCUCCAUCUAAUAGUAGUUUCCGUGAAGGAUCAGCUGUUCGACUUACUUGUGAAGCAAUGGCUAAACCGCCACCGGUGACAACCUGGUAUUUCAAAGGUGAACAAAUUCAUCCAACCCAAAAGUAUUCAUUGAAUUUGAACAGCUCUGUACUCAACAUCUAUCCAUUCCAAAAAAGCGAUGUUGGAAAAUACAUUUGUGUAGCGAGCACUCGAAAUGGCCAAGUUCAACACUCUUUCGAAUUGAAAAUUCUCAACAACUCAGCACCAUUUAUUGUGGAUAGUCCGGAAUCAAAAGUAGUUAAUCCAGGUGAACAGGUUACUUUUGUUUGUCGAGUUGCCGGAGAGCCGUCCCCAUCCAUAAAAUGGUACUUUAAUGGUGCGGAAAUAUCACACGACGAUCUACAUAUAAAGUUAACACAGCGAGAUAAUGAGCUGACAAUAAUUCAUGCUACCCGAGAAGAUGAAGGUGUUUAUCAAUGUAUUGCAAGCAAUGUUCUCGGAAUGACCAGCGCUAACGCAACCCUUAAAGUUUACCUCCCAAAUCAAGAAGUGCUAGAUGAAUCCUUAACCAGUGAAGUUCUCAAAAAUAUUGUCAAACAAGCUAAAGAACACGUUGACAGAGCAAUAAAUCAAUCAAAAUCAUCAAUUAAUAACAAUGGUGAGAUGUCACCAUGGGAAUUCAUGACAAUGUUUAAAUUCAACAUACCACAAAAUGUUGCGCUCACCAAAGCACGAGAAAUCUACGAGCAAAGUUUAUUGCUUGUUCAGCGAUACAUUGGGGACGGUUUAAAAUUCCCAGUUGAACAAUUGCCAACAAACUUUUCGUUCGAAUCAGUUCUAGCCGUGUCGAAUAUCCAAACAAUUAUGGAACUUUCCGGAUGCGUAACUGGACCAUUUCGAAAUCCUUGUACUGAUAUGUGCCUUUACGCCAAGUACAGGACAUACGAUGGGCAAUGCAAUAACAUGGAGCAUCAAUUUUGGGGAGUUGCGCAAACACCGUUUCGCCGAAAUUUACCUCCUAUCUAUGAGAAUGGUUUCAAUACGCCAGUUGGAUGGAAUCCUGAAAAACUUUAUUUUGGAUUCAAGAAACCAAAUCCACGACUUGUUUCCAUGAAGAUUAUCUCAACGGAAGAAAUAACUCCCCAUUUUGGUUAUACGGCCAUGAUGAAACAAUGGGGACAAUUUCUGGCACAUGACAUCGAACAAACAGCGCCUGGCCUAGCACGCCAAACUUAUAUGAAAGGAGCAAUAUGUAAUAAAACUUGCGAAAACUUGGAUCCAUGUUAUAAUGUUCCGAUGCCUCCUGAGGAUCCUCGUAUGCAGGGCGAGAAAAAGCCCGAAAUUGCAUGCAUUGAGGUGGAGCGAUCUAGUGCAACUUGUGGUUCCGGUCAGACUGGUCCAAUUUAUCGACAACUUACUUAUCGUGAACAAAUGAACAUUUUAACUGCCUUCAUCGAUGGGUCUGGCAUCUACGGAAGUGCAGAAGUAGACGCACUAGAUUUACGUGAUUUAUUUGGUGAUCAUGGAUUGUUGAGAUUUGACAUUGUAUCAGAAACUCAGAAGCCAUAUUUACCGUUUGAGCGCGACUCGUCCAUGGAGUGUCGCCGUAAUCGUUCCCAUGAAAAUCCGAUCAGUUGUUUUUUAGCUGGCGAUUAUCGAGCCAAUGAACAGCUAGCACUGCUUAGCAUGCAUACGUUAUGGCUUCGGGAACACAAUCGCAUUGCAACGAAAUUUCUAGAAAUAAAUCCGCACUGGGAUGGUGAAACUAUAUAUCAAGAAACAAGGAAGCUCAUUGGAGCUAUGUUGCAAGUUAUUACCUACGAACACUGGUUGCCUAAAGUGCUUGGACCGGAUGGAUAUGCAGAGCUUAUUGGGCCAUAUAAAGGAUAUGAUUCAGAAGUGAACCCUACCUUAGCUAAUAGCUUCUCAGCUGCCGCUUUUCGAUUUGGACAUACACUUGUCAAUCCAAUUUUAUAUCGUCUGGACAAAAAUUUCGAAUCGAUCAAAGAAGGUCAUAUACCACUACAUGAAGCUUUCUUUGUUCCUGAACGAUUACUAUCAGAAGGUGGAAUUGAUCCUUUGUUGCGGGGAUUGUUCGCAAUGCCCAUGAAGACUCCCAAGGGACAACAAUUGGUAAAUAAGGAAUUGACGCAUAAACUAUUUAGCCGUGUGGAAGAAUCUAUGUACGAUCUGGCAACAAUCAAUAUCCAACGUGGCCGUGAUCACGGGUUACCCGGAUAUAUUGCAUUCCGGCGUUGGUGCAACUUGAGCGUUCCGGAGACAUGGGAUGAUUUAGCGGAUGAUAUACCGGAUAACAGUAUACGAGCUAAGCUCAAAGAACUCUACGGACACCCUGGCAAUAUUGAUUUAUGGGUGGGCUUAAUUUUGGAACGACGGUUAGCUGGAGCUUUGGUUGGGCCAACAAUUGGAUGCAUCCUUGGAGAUCAGUUCAGACGCUUACGUACGGGAGAUCGUUUUUGGUACGAAAAUGAAGGUGUUUUCACACCUUUACAACUUCAGCAAAUUCGGAAAGCAACACUGGCAGCUGUGCUGUGUAACAAUGGUGAUCACAUUGAUCGCAUACAGAGGGAUGUAUUCGAGUACAGAGGGGACCGGUCGAUUAAAUUUUACGAAGACUGUGAGCAAAUACCUCAAAUUAAUUUAAACGUUUGGCAGUCAUGUUGCGAAACGGGUUGUGCCUCAUUCAGCGUAGAGGAGAAUAUACAAAGCAGGACCUCCAGGAAACGAAGAGCACACAAAAUGCAUAGAAAACACACGUGUAACAUUGAUGAUGGAAUGAGAAGAGAUGGUGAUAUCUGGAAACCGGAUCAGUGCACAACAUGUGAAUGCAAGAUUGAUCAAAUAUGGUGUUCCGUUGAAAAAGGUUGCAGAAAAGCACAAAAGUAA